GGGCACGCAGUGCCGGCGUAAUGGCGGCCUCCGCGCAAGGCUCUGCCUGGGGACCGUUGCGGCUUGGCAUCCCCGGCCUGUGCUGCCGCCGGCCGCCUCUGGGUCUGUAUGCGCGCGUGCGGCGGCUGCCCGGGCCGGAGGUGUCUGGGCGGAGCGUGGCUGCGGCCAGCGGACCGGGCACCUGGGGCACUGACCACUACUGCCUGGAGCUGCUGCGGAAACGGGAUUAUGAAGGUUAUUUAUGCUCCCUGCUGCUCCCUGCAGAAUCCCGAAGCUCUGUUUUUGCACUGAGGGCUUUUAAUGUGGAACUGGCUCAGGUUAAAGACUCAGUCUCUGAGAAAACAAUUGGACUGAUGCGAAUACAGUUUUGGAAGAAAACUGUGGAAGAUAUAUACUGUGACAAACCACCACAUCAGCCUGUGGCCAUUGAACUAUGGAAGGUCUGCGCACCAGCAGAGACAGGCCCAGUUUCUGGGCCCCAGAUUGACUUCACAGAGCCCCAGUAAAGAUGGAAAGCCAGACCCCCACAACUGGGGAUUGAGAAGAAAAAGUGGAUGGGAAGCUGCUGUGAAAAGACAUAAUCUGACUAAAAGAUGGCUUAUGAAAAUCGUUGAUGAAAGAGAAAAAAAUCUAGAUGAUAAAGCAUAUCGUAAUAUCAAGGAACUGGAAAAUUAUGCUGAAAACACACAGAGCUCUCUUCUUUACUUAACACUAGAAAUAUUGGGUAUAAAGGACAUUCAUGCAGAUCAUGCUGCAAGUCAUAUUGGAAAAGCGCAAGGCAUUGUCACUUGCUUGAGAGCAACACCAUAUCAUGGGAGCAGAAGAAAGGUGUUCCUUCCCAUGGAUAUUUGUAUGCUGCAUGGUGUUUCACAAGAGGACCUUCUACGGAGGAACCGAGAUAAAAAUGUGAGAGAUGUAAUAUAUGACAUUGCCAGUCAGGCACAUUUGCACCUAAAGCAUGCUAGGUCCUUUCACAAAAGUGUUCCUGUGAAAGCAUUUCCUGCUUUUCUUCAGACGGUUUCUCUAGAGGACUUUCUAAAGAAAAUUCGGCGAGUGGAUUUUGAUAUAUUCCACCCAUCUUUACAGCAGAAGAAUACAUUACUUCCAUUAUAUUUGUAUAUUCAGUCAUGGAGAAAAAUAUAUUAAAAUAAUUUGAUGGCACUGAUGUUAAUUCUAGUCUAUUAGUUUUAUAAAAGUUAGGGCUCUUAUUUAGGAACAACAGGAAGUGACUGUUAAGGAGAAAAUGAAUUUAUUGCAUGGGAUGUCAAGUAGCUCACAAAAUUGAUGAGAAGUUGCCGUGGGACUAGGGUGCCAAGACUGCUGAGAUUCUGGCAGAGGCACUGCCAUUGGCUGCUGUGCUGUCCCUGGAAGCUGGAGCUCCAACAGGAAUAUCGGUUUAGCUGUACAUAGGCCAUAAGCCACACUCGAGCCAGUGGGCAGGGAGAGGGAAUGUCAUCCUCCCUUCACCACUGGGGAAGGAAAGGGGAAAGGGCUCAAGUUAUCAUAGGGGCUUACAUGCUGAGCAGCUAUAACCUAGGUGUUCAGAACAGCUGGAAGAUGCAUUUACUUAGGGGUCAUAAAGAGUGAAAUUAAUAUUUGAGGAGGAUCAGUCAUGUGUUGUGGGCUUUAUAGCCCUAACAUUUAAUUUUUAUAAUCUUGUGUAAAAAUUUAUCCAUGAUAAUAAUGUGACUUCUUUAAGGUCGGAGUGGCUGGCAAGAGCUAGAGCCUUAAUUUGAUUUUAGCUCUGGCUGGUCUGGAAGCUUUUGCUUUUUUAUUAAUCCCACUGCCUCACUCUGUCAUUCAGCAUUAUGGUCGUGAACAAAACUGUAUUGACAAAGUUUGUAUAAGUGAUAUUAACAGUAUUGUAUUGAACAUCCAUUUAAGGGUUGCUACACUUUAUACUGUACAUUCUGCACUAUACAUUGUGCUUCCCAGUGAUGAGCACUGUGCUGCAUACUUUCAUCAGUGUUCUCAUUUGGUUUUCCUAAAAGCCUAUUAAAUAAGGCACAUUUUUGCUCAUCAAACUUUUAAAUUGUUUGAGACCAGCCUGGGCAACAUCGAAAACCCCAUCUCGACCAAAAAUACAUAAACUAGCCGGGUGUGGUGGUGCAUGCCCAGCUACUAGGAAGGCUGUGGUGGGAGGAUUACUUGAGCCCAGGAGGGUGAGGCCGCAGUGACACAUGAAUGUACUUCAUCUUGGGUGACAGAGCAAGACCCUGUCCCAAAGAGAAAUGAAUAAUAAUUAAUAAUAAUAUAAAACUUUUAUAAAAUACCUACCAAUUGGAAAAACCAAAAUUUUUUACAUUGCUGGUAACUGGUCGAUCUGACUCUAAAUGAAUCUCACUCUCAGGACCAGGAUUAUGCCACAGUUUCCUUUUUCCUGUAUUUUCCGUAGCCUUGUCUCCUGCCCCAUUGGGCUCUAUCUCAAUUUAAGUCUUUGGUAUCAGCUAUGAAUUAGUGCCUACUUAAAUUGUGAGUGGCUUAAAAUGUUACAUUUUUGCAAAUUCAGACAACUUUUGGAAUGAAAGAAUACCUUGUUUCAAUCAUCUUGACAUCACCCCCACCACACACCUACAAUGGCUUCUGAUUGAGAGCAAGUAGAAAUUAAUAAACGUAUAGUUGAAUGAA